CUUUUCAGGAGACAACAGGCAAGGCAUCCUGACCUUUAAACUGUGUCAAUGCUCUUUGAUCUUUAACAUCCAGCUGUGUCAUGGUGCCUUUUACAUGUAAACACACCAAUUCUUAGGUGCUAUCACUCUGAAAAUGUAUUAUUCAUGAUUAACUAUAAACAUAAGGUCCUGGUCCUCAAUUAAUCUUGAUUUACUUCACUUUUCAUAUAUCAGGUACUUUAAAAAGUUAGUUCUUCAAUAAAUUUAGUUUUUUAUAGAAACUGAUUCAUCACAAGUACACAUCUCUUUACUUUACCACCAACAGUUCACAUGUUUAUCAGAAACAUGUUAAGAAAAUAAUCAGUGCAUAUUUGUGAUUAAGAGAAUGUACAUGUUUUGGAAAUACAAUUUUCCAAUUGCUACAAAAUACUGAAAUUCAUCUUUCCAAAAAAAGGAAAAAAAAUGAAUUAAUCCUCUAGAAGUAUUUUUUCAAAGACUACUAUUUUUCAAUACAUACACAAACAAAAUAUAUUCAAUUCAUUGCCAAACAAAUUUAACAUCUCACCUUUAGAAAAUAAAACCUUCUUAAAACUUUUCAUCAAAUGCCAGAGAUAAAACUAUUAAUUCUGACCACCAUUCCUCAACAAAUUUUACAUUCAUCACAAGCAGAUAAGCAACACAAACACAAAACCAUGUGUCUUACAGAUUGCGGACUCCAAAAAUCCAUUUCUAUAUAUGUACACCCUAACAAACAACUGCAGAAAUAUCAGUACAUAUAUCCAAUCAUUCUUUCAAGGUUUCAAACAUUUACUGGUCAGGAAUUCUACACAACUCAAAGCCCCCUGUUAGAAGUCUCUCCAAUAAUUCUUUACAUUAUCAUACACUACAUGAUUCUUUCUUUUGGUUUUAUUAAAUCUUUCAAAAGUGUUCAUUCAUUUCUUGGAGAAGAAAGUUAUUACCAUCACAAAAAUGUGAAGUAUGAAAAAUGCAAAUGCUUUUCAGGAAAACUUGACAAAAACUCAUACUUUGAUCAGCAUAAUAAGAAUUUUAACUUUCUACUUCAAUUUGAUCACUUGUACAUUCAUUUAAAAGAAAAUCAUUAUUUCAUACACAAACAAUAUCAAAAACCUCAUAUACACAUAAACCACAAUAAUGAGAGAGAAAAAUACAGCUCACAGACUUUGAUUGGAUUAACCCAAAUAAAUCCCAGCAGGGAACCCCAGCUGAAUAUCUACCAGCUAAUUGGGUAUUCUUUCCCCCUCCACAAAAAAAUAUUAGAAUUGACUCCACCCAGUCAUUCUCUGGGUCAGAACCAUCAAAGAGGUGCCCCACUGAGCUGUGAGGACAACUCGGCCCCUUUUCUGUCCCUGGUCUGGGAGGAAUAUCCUAUAUAUACUUCAGCACACUGACCACAUCUCACUUCUCACUCAGAUCGAUUUCCAACAUGGCUUACUCUCACCACCUCUCUCAACAUUCCUAUCAGGACUUUCUACAACUGUGGACAAGCCUUGAGGAGCUCAGCCCAGAUAACUCUUACCCUACCCUCACCACAGAGGCUGACACAGAGCAUAACCUUCUUGGUUCAUCCCUGGAGGAUCUCCACUCUGAGUUAACAACUGAGGACAUACCUUGUGAGCUGGUCUCCACAAUGAACUCUUCUCCCACAUCUCAGUAUGCUGGUCAAAUAUCCACAGUGACCAGUCCUCUGCCCAGUUCUCCUCCCCACAUAGCAACAACCCCAUCCUGUCCUGGUCAAACCUCACCUCAGAUUGUCACAAGUCCUUCAGGAGAGCAAGUGUAUGCCAAACAUUCCACUCCUUCCAACACCAAUUAUCCUGGCACAUACGGAUUCCAAGUCUCCUUCUCUCCACCUCAGAAAGAGACCAAAUCCACAAGCUGGACAUACUCUGCCCUCGGCCACAAGCUUUAUGUCAAGAUGGCCAGCUCCUGUCCUGUUCAGUUUCACACCAGUCAGCCUCCACCAGAGGGCAGUAUUAUCCGAGCCAUGGCCGUUUUCAGCAAGGCAGAACACGCUCAAGGUGUGGUCACACGGUGUCCUAACCAUGUCAGCAGCAGAGAGCACAACCAGAACCACCCUGCUCCUAGUCACCUUGUUCGCUGUGAGCAUCAACUCAGUCACUACCUGGACGAUCCUUCCACAGGCAGACACAGUGUGCUCACUCCUUAUCAGCAGCCACAGGCUGGCUGCCCUCAUCUCACCUAUCUCUACCAGUUCAUGUGUCUGGGAUCCUGUGUGGGAGGACCCAACAGAAGACCAAUGCAGAUUGUCUUCACCCUAGAGAACGACCAGCUAGUUCUGGGAAGAGCCGCUGUAGACAUCCGCAUCUGUGCCUGUCCUGCCCGUGACAAGAGGCUGGAGGAAAAGUCCUAUUUACCUAAACCUCCAGCUUCCUCUCCCAGCUACACCACAGGCGACAAACCCAGGGCCGCUCACAAGAGGAAACUUGACACCACAGACACUUUUACCAUCACCAUUCAUGGCCGUGAUAACUUUGAAAUCUUACGCAAAAUCAGAGAUUCCUUAGAACUCAUGUCUUCUUUAUCCAAUGAUCAAGUCACUCAAUACAAACAAUGUAAAGUUUCCAAAUCCUGUACUCAACUUUUACAGCAUGACUUGUCAACAGAGUUCUUUUCAUUGCCACAAAUUAUUCCCCCUCUACAGAUGGUUCAAUAAUUCUA